AUGAGUUCUCUAACCUCGCAAUGGGCCUGGUCUCUUUUUGAGCCCACCUUGAUGCUAAAGUCAGCGAUAUAUCAUUAUGUGAAAACUGUCUUCACAACUAUAGCGAAGGGAGAUAUUCCCUUGUCCGCUAGCCAAUGGCAGAAGAUCCGUGGAACGGCAUUCUCCUCCCUUUGGCUUGAAUUUUCAGCUCCCAAGCCACCUGGCACACCUCCAUCUCUCUCAGCCGGACUGAUUCCCCCAAUCCUCUCCCAGGCAACGGGGGUCGUCUUGGAGGUAGGACCCGGAAGCGGCUCGCAGAUGUCAUCUCUAAAAGGUCCCCAAAUAACAAAGAUAUACGGCGCUGAACCAUGCAUCGAUCUCCACCAGAAGCUUCAAUCACAAGCCAAUGACCAGAAUCUGCACGAUAAGUAUCAAAUCCUGGCUGCAGGCGCAAGUACCGACCAAAUAGUCAAAGAACUUCUUCGUGGUGGAUUUAUUACUUCCUGGGAAGAAGGCGAUUCUCUUUUUGACACUAUCAUCUGUGUUCGGGCUCUAUGCAGCAUUUCGGAUCCUGAAACUGCGGCAUCUGAGCUCUAUAAGCUUCUUCGUCCAGGUGGUCGCAUGCUGAUUUGCGAACAUGUGGCAAAUCCGUGGACAAAGCCUAAAGGAAGCAUUUUGGCCCGAGUCUUCCAGCAAGUAUAUAUGGUCUGUGGCUGGGCAUUUUUCAUUGGUGAUUGUCGAUUGAAUCAGGAUACAGCCCAGAUUCUGGUGAAGGCUGCGGAGGAGGAUGGAGGCUGGGCCGAGAACAAUCUUGAGAUGGCUGCCUCGUUUUCGACGUUCCCGUACUUGCACGGUGUGCUUGUCAAGAGAAGUGGAACUGGAGUUCUUAAUCUACGGGAUUAA